GCGUCACAGGUUUGCUGCGCGCCCCAUUCCCAUUGUGCCUCGCGCUGUCAGAGUGCUGCUAGUCACUUUCAUUCUGAGCUGCUGAGGAGCAACAUACAGGAAGAUGGCGGCCCGGACUAUGCAAGCAGCGCGAUGCCCGACAGACGACCUGUCGCUGACAAACUGUGCUGUCGUGAACGAGAAGGACUUUGAGUCGGGACAACACGUGAGUGUGAAGACCACCCCAACUCACAAGUACAUAUUCACUGUGAAGACUCACCACUCUGUGCUUCCUGGAAGUAUCGCCUUCAGCCUGCCGCAGAGGAAAUGGGCUGGACUCUCCAUUGGACAGGAAGUGGAGGUGGCCGUUUACACCUUUGACAAGACGAAGCAGUGCGUGGGCAGCAUGACCAUCGAGAUUGACUUCCUGCAGAAGAAAAGCGUCGACACAAGCCCCUAUGACUCAGACAAGAUGGCUGGAGAGUACAUCCAGCAGUUCAAUAACCAGGCCUUCACUGUGGGACAGCAGCUUGUGUUCAGCUUCAAUGACAAGCUGUUUGGUCUCCUGGUGAAGGACAUCGAAGCAAUGGAUCCAAGUAUCCUCAAGGGGGAGCCAGCCUCUGGCAAGAAGCACAAGAUUGAUAUUGGUCUGAUCCUUGGGAACAGUCAGGUGGUGUUUGAGAAAGCAGACAGCUCUUCUCUAACCCUUGUUGGCAAAGCCAAAACCAAGCAGGGCCGGCAGUCCAUCAUCAACCCAGACUGGAACUUUGAACGCAUGGGCAUUGGGGGUCUGGACAAGGAGUUCUCCGACAUCUUCAGGAGAGCCUUCGCCUCUCGAGUCUUCCCACCCGAGAUUGUGGAACAGAUGGGCUGUAAGCAUGUGAAGGGUAUCCUCCUGUAUGGCCCCCCUGGUUGUGGUAAGACCCUGAUGGCUCGACAGAUUGGGAAGAUGUUGAAUUCGCGGGAACCCAAGAUAGUGAAUGGACCAGAGAUCCUCAACAAGUACGUGGGAGAGUCUGAAGCCAACAUCCGCAAGUUGUUCGCCGACGCUGAGGACGAGCAGAAAAGGUUGGGAGCGAACAGCGGUCUCCACAUCAUCAUCUUCGACGAGAUUGACGCUAUCUGUAAGCAGAGAGGCAGCAUGGCCGGCAGCACUGGCGUCCAUGACACAGUCGUGAACCAGCUGCUGUCCAAGAUCGACGGCGUGGAGCAGCUCAACAACAUCCUGGUCAUUGGAAUGACCAACAGGCCUGACCUGAUUGACGAGGCCCUGCUGAGACCUGGAAGAUUGGAGGUGAAGAUGGAAAUCGGUCUGCCCGAUGAAAAGGGUCGAGUCCAGAUCCUCCACAUCCACACAGUCAAGAUGAGGGAGUUCAACCUGCUCGCCUCUGAUGUGGACGUGGCAGAGCUUGCUGUUGAGACCAAGAACUACAGUGGAGCUGAGCUGGAGGGGCUGGUGAGAGCUGCUCAGUCCACUGCCAUGAACCGGCACAUCAAGGCCAGUACCAAAGUGGAAGUGGAUAUGGAGAAGGCAGAGAAGCUGCAGGUGAAGCGCAGUGAUUUCUUUGCAUCGCUGGACAACGACAUCAAACCUGCCUUUGGCACACACCAGGAGGACUACGCCAGCUACAUCAGGAAUGGCAUCAUUAAGUGGGGCGACCCUGUCUCCCGAGUCCUGGAUGAUGGGGAGCUGCUGGUCCAGCAAACCAAGAACAGCGACCGCACACCACUGGUUAGCGUGCUGCUGGAAGGUCCUCCACACAGUGGCAAGACUGCCCUGGCCGCCAAGAUAGCAGAGCAGUCCCAGUUCCCCUUCAUUAAGAUCUGCUCACCUGACAUGACAAUCGGCUUCUCAGAGACUGCCAAGUGCCAGGCUAUGAAGAAGAUCUUUGACGAUGCGUACAAGUCCCAGCUGAGCUGUAUUGUGGUGGAUGAUAUUGAGCGGCUGUUAGACUAUGUUCCCAUUGGACCUCGCUUCUCUAACCUGGUUCUACAAGCCCUGCUGGUGCUGUUGAAGAAGGCGCCCCCUCAUGGACGCAAGCUGCUGAUCAUUGGGACCACGAGCCGCAAGGACGUGCUGCAGGAGAUGGAGAUGCUGGACGCCUUCAGCACCACCAUCCACAUCCCCAACAUCUCCACCGGGGAGCACCUCAUGGAGGCACUCGAGCUGUUGGGGAACUUCAGUGAUAAGGAGCGAGCAACCAUCGCUCAGAACGUCAAGGGCAAGAGAGUCUGGAUUGGGAUGAAGAAACUGCUGAUGCUCAUAGAGAUGUCCCUGCAGAUGGAUCCAGAGUACAGAGUGUCGAAGUUCCUGGCUCUGCUCAAGGAGGAGGGAGCGUUUGGUGGUGAUAAUCAGGUCCGACUUUAGCCCCUGUUUCCCGGUGUAAUCCCAAGGGACUCUCCCAUGCAUGGGACCGCAGUGUGUACGAGUAGAGUCCAGGCUGGGAAGUGACUCUGGAAUGUCCAGCAGGCUGGGAGAGUGACCAAGGGAACACAUGUAUGCUGCCCACUGUUCAACACAAUGGGAGAGGAACAUGCCUCUCCUCUGCUACCCUCACCAAGCGCAUUCUUUCUCCAUUCUGCAUGUUUUUAAUAGCAAAUGAAAAAAAACCGUCCCUACUGAUUCCAUGUCUUAAAAUUAAAUAAAUAAAAAUACUGUUCCAAUUGUCUUGUGGAAAAUGCUGUUUAAAUGUGCUUUGUGAUCUGUGCAGUUAGAAAUGCAUUCUUGCUCUGUUAUUGGAUUAAAUAUAUCUAUCUAUCAAUCUAUCUAUCAAUCUAUCUAUCUAUCAAUAUAUAUAUAUAUAUAUAUACACACACAUACAUACAUACAUACACACUGGUAUGUAAAAUAUGUAAACAUACACUGCAUAUUUAUUUAUUUAUAUAUAUAUGUGUGUGUGUGUGUGUUUGUGUAUGUGUGUAUGGUAUAUAUGUAAUAAAUGGACUCAAAAUAAUUGCAGUGAAAGUGGUAUCUCUAUGUUAAGCUUUCUUUUGUUAGAUAGUUGAACUAAUUUAACUAAUACAUGUUAUUAUUUUCAUGUAUAUACAUUCAGUAGUAAGUGUGAUCAUUAGAAUGAAUACUUGUCUGAUUAUCACGUAAAACAAACAAUAAAAACAAUUAAGCAUCUUCUGAUUACAUAGAAAAGUCAGCUCGGUUUGAAAGCUGGUACGGUGGGAGUGCAGGGGUGAGAUUGCCAGGCUGGAUCAGCAGGGAGGGCCCUACACACCUAUUGGCGGGAGAGUGGCAGAGCACUGGGCUACAGCUCUCUUUAGUGGCAUUACAGCUGUGAUAUCCUGCAUAAGAAAGCAAAAAAUACACCUUAAACAAUGAGUGGAUGAACCUGUCUGGCACUGAAGUGCAGGGAGAGUCUAUCAUUAUCCACACUGCUCGUGCUGCCAUCCUGCAUCUUCAUGAGUACUAACACUGUAGGCUCUUUAGCAGACUAAAGCACUCUAGCACAGUGUGGGCACAAAACUAUUCCUAAAAGACACGUGUUGGAUGCAGAAUAAUCAGUUGGUUUUUAAUAAUAAUAAUAAUAAUAAUAAUAAUAAUGUUUUAGUUCCAGUAAAUGGGAUCGGAAGCAAGAAUGCAUUGUUGUUUUUUUCUUCUGGUUUUCUUUCCUCUGUUUUCUGGUGCAUUUUGUUUUUAGGCAAGGCUGUGUAACCGGGAGAGUUGCACUGAAGGACCCAAGUUGUUUCCUGACUCUUCCCACAGAUGCACCUCACUGUACAGUCGGUAGCGGUGAUCAGGCCCACAGUUUAAAUGAUUCAUUUGUCCGCCAUAUUUGCAAAGAUCUUAGGUAUAGACUCACUGUUUGACCAUGUGAAGUGUCUGGAUGCAGUAAAGAGAGCAAUCUUUAACACUUAUUUAAAUCUGUAAUGUUUCCUAUACUACACCUAGACUUUAAUCUUGAUCUGAUCACAUACCAUUCAAUCCUUGCUUCUCUCAAGCAGAGAAUGGCAAUUGUGUCAUGAUGUAGACCAAUGUGACCUGAGUGGUGAGGGUUGCCUAGUCAUGUGUUCAUUUUAAAUCACUUGGAUCCUUCCAGACCUAACGACAACGUUUUGACAUCAAUCAACAACUAGGAACUGGAUGAGCAAUUUGUACAUUUUCAUUUGUUCUCAUUCAAACCCAGGUUUUUCAGAUAUGAAAAUCAUGGGACUUUUAAAAGGUACAAAUAAUUCUGAAGGACUCCUGAUUAUUCAACUGAUAUGCAUAACAGAGAUCUCAUUACAAGGUUGUAAAAAUGGCAUCUCGUAACUGACCGCUACCAAGUUCUCUGUACAGUGAAGUGUAGCGUAGAUACGGAGGAGUCUGGAAGGGCCUGGCUCUCCUGAGACCCCAUGCUUACUGUGGUGUAAUCCUGCUGUCUGUGGUGAUUCUGUACACGUUGGUGACUGUGGAACAUUGCAGCCUCCCCCUGCCUUCAUCUUGUGAUGCUCUGCCCUGCGUUCUUUGUCCCACGUAAUUUAAAACAUAUAUAUAUAUAUAUAUAUAUAUAAUAUAUAUAUAUAUAUAUAUGAUUUCAGUGACAAAAUGUUAAAAAAAAAAUUGAACAUGAUGUAAACAUUUUUACUGUGAACAUGUGAUCGGUGUUCUAAGCUGCUAUGAUAUAAAGUGUUUGGCAAUAUGCAGCUGUAUUAUUGCAAUAAAAGCACAGAUACACAGAAAAUAA